UCCAACAGUCUCAAGCUCUCCCGACUAAGGCACUGUGAGCGAGAAUGGCCGCGUUGGCAACUCUCUCGACCUUGGUGGCACUGGCCCUCCUCGUGGGAAGCAGCGUUGCCAAGCAGCCCAAUAUUCUCUAUAUUCUGUCCGAUGAUGUUGGCUGGAACGAGGUGUCAUGGCACAACCCGGACAUGAUCACGCCCAACCUGCAAGAACUGGCGGAUGAGGGCGUGGUUCUGGAACACCAUUACACCAACUCGCUCUGCACGCCCUCUCGCUCCGCCCUCAUGACCGGGUAUUACGCCCACAAGCUCGGUCGACAGAGGAUCGUCAUCUACGCAGCCCAGCCCGCAGGACUCACUCUCAACGCCACACUCCUGCCCGAGAGACUGAAGGAACUGGGAUACAACACACACAUCGUUGGGAAAUGGCAUCUUGGAUUCUGCAACUGGGCUUAUACACCGACCUACAGAGGAUUCGACACCUUCUACGGGUAUUAUAAGGCACAAGAUGGCUACUUCUCGCAUUCUCAAUACGGCGGCUUUGACAUGAGGGAUGGUGAGCGGGUCGCUUGGGAGGCCAAUGGGACCUAUAGUAUGUAUCUGUUCGCUGACAAGGCUGUAGAGGUGAUCGAAUCCUACAACGGCAGAGAAGAUCCCUUUUUCCUCUAUCUGGCCACGCAAAAUGUGCACGUGCCUCUUCAGGUCCCCGAGAAGUACACAGACAUGUACCCAGACGAGCCAGACGAGGACAGACGGAGGCUCGUGGCGAUGGUGACGGCCAUGGACGAAGGGGUCGGCCGGGUCAUCCAAGCUCUGAAGGAUAAUGGCCUCUAUGACGACACCAUUAUCGUCUGGACAACGGAUAAUGGUGGAAGGGAGUAUAAAGACAACAACAAGCCCCUCCGCGGCUACAAGGGCUCGCUGUUCGAGGGCGCCACCCGCGUCCCCGCCGUCGUCCGCACGCCCCUUCUGCAAGCCACGCCCAGGGUCUACAACGGCCUCAUGCACAUCGUCGACUGGCAGGACACCCUCCUGGCGGCCGUGGGAGCCCCGGAGGUGGCUGGGGACGACGGCGUGAACCAGUGGGAGGCCCUGAGGUCGCCCCCGUCGGAGCCCCCGUCAGCGCCCGCGCCCAGGACGGAGUUCUUCUACAACAUGGACUUCGUGCCGGGGGUCGGGAUCGAUGGCGGGAUCAGGGUCGGAAAAUACAAGUAUAUGAGAGGCCUUAUGUUGUAUACCAAUGAGACGGGGCCUUGGCUCUUCAAUCUGGAAGAUGAUCCGAACGAGACAACGAACCUGCUGGAGUUCGAACCCGAGAUCGCCCAGGAGCUUCAGGCGAGACUCGAAGCCGAGCUGGACAGCGUGGUGCAGGCGGACAGCAUUCUGCCUUCCUUUAACUCGAAUCCCGCUAACUGGGGCGGUGCUUGGAGUCCCGGAUGGUGCAAUGCCGAAUGAAAAUAACUGAUCGAUGGAAAGAAAAAAGGAGAAAAUAGGGUCGUUAGUGGAUGAUGUUUUGAGGUUAUCGAAAGAUGUUAUGACGUUCGUGAGCCAUGAAUUAUAUUUAGGAUAUUUAAUUGACAAUAGGGACGAUGAUAAUAAUUUGUUGGACAUCAAAGUUACCAGUGUAAAAAUAGCGCAUAAUAGAUUCUAGAACAUAAAGUUUCCAGCGCAGAGAGAGCUGAAAGAAGCUCUUGCACAUCAGAAAUUAAUUAUGAGGUUAAACAGUUGACUGGUGUAUCAAUACGCCGUUUAUGGUGUUUGUUUUGUGCACAUGAGGCAAGGAGUGUAGACAUACAUGCAUACAUACAGCUGAGGUUAUGAGUACUUGAUUAAUGCGUCAAUUAGUUCGAGUGGAAGUUUGAUUUUUAAUAACUGAGUCAAAAUGUGUAAUAAUGAUGAUAAUAACAGUGAU